AUGGCAACACCAGUGCCUUGGGAAUGGCUGGUCGGGGAGCUGAUGGCCAUCUGGCUCGCUUUCGGCGCCGCCUGCGUUCUCGGAUUGUUGACCUGCAUGCCCGCGGCGUGGAUGGGGUACAAUAUAUGCGGCGACGAAGGGUAUUGGUUUGGCUGGCUUUCUAUGUGGAUCCUGGUAGCCAUGGCCGACCCCGUUCAGGUUGCGGAGCACCUCGCCCUCAUCUGGUUCGGUCUGGGCAGCGCAGGCCCCGUUCAUUGGUUCCUCUGCGCGGUAUCAAACAUGUUGUGGAAACACGUAUGCCUAUGGGAGGACUUGGAGUUCUGGAAGGAGUGGUUCUACACGUGGCUCGAUGCGACUAUCUAUAUCGUCUUGUUCCUGGCGUUCUGGCACACCAUCAUGCACUAUAACCCCAAUUUCGCGCCUGACUGGAUGUGA